CGCAGCCACGUCGGCGGCGUUCCUCGGUCAGAGGAGGCGUGGGGCGAAGGCCGUGCGUGGCGCGUGCCCCGCCCCUCCCCGCUGGAGCCCGGAUGAGGAGUAGCGCCAUUACCGCCGGAGCCGCCGGGAGCCCUCGCGGACGGGGACUGGACGCAGGACCGGCCGCGCCAUGAGACUCCUCCCCCGCCUGCUGCUGCUGCUUUUGCUCGUGUUCCCCGCCGCUGUCCUGCUCCGAGGCGGCCCNNUAGGCUUAUUGGCAGUGGCUCAGGAUCUUACAGAGGAUGAAGAAACAGUGGAAGAUUCAAUAAUUGAAGAUGAAGAUGAUGAAGCUGAGGUGGAAGAAGAUGAACCCACAGAUUUGGCAGAAGAUAAAGAGGAAGAAGAUGUAUCUGGUGAACCAGAAGCUUCACCAAGUGCAGAUACAACUAUCCUGUUUGUAAAAGGAGAAGAUUUUCCAGCAAAUAACAUUGUGAAGUUCCUGGUAGGCUUUACAAACAAGGGUACAGAAGAUUUUAUUGUUGAAUCCUUAGAUGCCUCAUUCCGUUAUCCUCAGGAUUACCAGUUUUAUAUCCAGAAUUUCACAGCUCUUCCUCUGAAUACUGUUGUGGCACCGCAGAGACAGGCAACUUUUGAGUACUCCUUCAUUCCUGCAGAGCCCAUGGGUGGACGACCCUUUGGUCUGGUCAUCAAUCUGAACUACAAAGAUUUGAAUGGCAAUGUAUUCCAAGAUGCAGUCUUCAAUCAAACAGUUACAGUUAUUGAAAGAGAGGAUGGGUUAGAUGGAGAAACAAUCUUUAUGUAUAUGUUCCUUGCUGGUCUUGGACUCCUGGUGGUUGUUGGCCUUCAUCAACUCCUAGAAUCUAGAAAGCGCAAGAGACCCAUACAGAAAGUAGAAAUGGGUACAUCAAAUCAGAAUGAUGUUGAUAUGAGUUGGAUCCCUCAGGAAACUUUGAAUCAAAUCAAUAAAGCUUCACCAAGAAGGUUGCCUAGGAAACGGGCACAGAAGAGAUCAGUGGGAUCUGAUGAGUAAAUGUUCCUUUGUGCAACAAUUCAGUCUUUACUUAACCUGCCCUAAUGUUUUUCGGCCUGAUGGGAAUUAGUGCAGAGAAGCCAUAUCACCAUAGAAGGCAACUACUACUUAUGUGUGGACUGAGCAAUCAGAGUUUAUGGCGAUAAUAUUGCUGAAAUGCACUGCAUUCAUUUUUCUGAAGUAACAAAUUUGGUUUUUUUUAAACCAUUAAAAUCUAUGUGUGUGCGUGUGUAUGUAUGUGAGCAGUUGGUCUUACCAGAAUCAUUGUUGCACUACCUGAAGCAAGCCUUUAGAAUACUAAACAUAGUGCUGUUGUCUCUUCCUUUUCUGAUUUUUUCCCUCAAAAAAAUCAAUGAAUAUUUGUCCAAUAUGAUUAUAGAUGUCACCUUGGAUGGUUUUAAAGAAUAUAAUUUGUUUCUUCCUUCGAAUGGUUGAAAUCCCAAUUGAUGGCACAAAUUAGCAUUUUGUCGUUGUUGCUGUAUUACAAUUUGUAUUCUAAAGGCCCAAGCAGGAGUAGCUGCUUUUUAGCAGUAGAAUUAUGAUGGCGUUUUGCUGCUGUUUACUAUAAUGCACACCUUCAGAAAACUUCCCAAAUGAAUUCAAGAAAUUUGGGGAUCUUUCUAGCAAAAGAUUGUGAAAUAUGAAAUUUCUGCUGACUUUGAUAUAUGAAACCUAGGCCCGCCCCCUCCCCUCCCUUUUUUAAACAAAAAGAAAAUAGUACAUUUAUGUCAACCGAGUUGGGUCGUCCAUCAUUUUAUUUCUGACCCAACAAUAGUUCUGGAAUGAUUUUAGACCGUCUCAGUUUUUCUUUCUUUUGUUUUUUUUUUAAGAGAAUUUUUCUUUCCUUAAUAAAAGCAUCCUUUUUUAAGAAAAGUUAUCUUGGUCUACAGACUAAGCAGAAAAUCAAAUUAUAGAGACAGAUAUAUACCAACUAAUCCUAAUCUCUUAAAAAAAAUACACGAAUUGGAUAUUUUUAAAGCAGCUGUUUCUUAUUUAAUUUGGGGGGAGUUUUGGUUCUUUAUAAAACCUUUUUUUAGUUAGUCUGAAAAAUUCCCAGAAUUGUUGUUAAGUGCUUAAGACCUUAGUACCAACAUUAGAUUGGACUUCUUAAGAUUCUCUUAGAGAGUUACUCUUGCCCUAGGUUGUGAAUUAAGUUUGGCGUUGUCGUCACACUGGAUGAAGGGCAAAGUAAGACAGUACGAACAAAUAAGAGGCUUUCCUCUCUUGUCUUUAAGCCAUAUUUCCCCACAUGUAUUGUGUAAGGGAAUCAGAUUUUGGUGGCUCUUUAGUUCCUGACCUCUCUCCAUUCUCAUCUUCAGUAUAAUCUCCCCUAACCCCAUGCCCACAUGACAAAACAAAAAAAAAACUUUCUAAGCUGUUUAAGUAUUUAGUCAUCUGAGCCAAAGCCAAUAAUAAUAGAAUAGAAGUUAUAUGUAAUUGUUAAUCACUUUGCAAGUAGGGGCUAAGAUGUCAAGUUACCUAUAUUGGCAUUGCUGGACUAUAAACUCUCUAUACCUGUAAUAUAAAGUGUUUGAGUUUUUAAUUGGGCUGUAUGAUCAAUAUAUUUUGGAAAAGCUCUAUGAGCUCUAAGUAACUGCAUGGUUUUUUGUUUAAUGUAAUAUAGGAGACCCUUCACAUUCUCAAGGAAUGUAUUCCAAAAUAUUUUUGUGAAUAUCUGAGUUUGUGGUUGAUAAUGCCGUAAGGUGUAAUUACAAAAUUGAAAUGGCCUCUAGAGAGUCUUAUUGAAUACCUGGUAAUAUGCAGGCAGUUGCAAAACCACACUGAAUUACAGCUGCCAGCCUUCCUUACUCCUAAGUAAUUUGCCUUACAUACCCGCCCUUCCACUUCUAAACUUAAAAUCAGUGCCUCAGAAAUGUAGAAUUUAUUAUUUGUCAUGUUUUAUUUUUUAGUAUAGAUUGGAAACAGUUGAAAACUCUUAAUUCCUCAGAUGCCAGGGGUCUACUAUAGCAUCAGUAAGUAUUUAGCAGAAACUAACUCCAUAAUGAAUGGAAUUCAAUUCCACACAUGGUUUGUUCAAGCACACUUAAUAAGUAGCCUCUUUUUUAAAUGUCUUUUUAAAAUGUAAAUAUUUGGAUGAAGGUCAUGUUUUUUUGUUUUGAUACACUCAUUUGCUACACCAACCAUGUUUUCAGAAUUCAUCUCUUGAACAACUUGGUUUCAGAAUAUGUAAAAUGAGCUUUAGGAUCUUGUGUAUCAAACCUGUCACCCAGAUGUGUGAGAAUGAUGUGUUCAUAAAGCAUGGAUUUAACUUGG